UCCGUGAGUCAUCGGCGCUCAGACAGUGAACGUGUUUCGAGAAAAUCCUUCACUCACCUUCAGCUUCUACCGGAUUCAUUUGGAGCUACGGCUUUAUCUCUUAUUGGAUUGACAGGAUUGAGAUGUUACAGUUUAGGUCCUCGACAGUGCUGAAGCUGUUUGAAGCCACCCUCAAGCGUCCCUUGUCCAGCUCUAGACAGAAGACCUGGUUGCCGACCCGCCGCCGCUGCUUCGGCACCGCCUCCGUUGACGCCAGAUCUCCGUCUACGCAACUAAAGAUCUUCCAUGCCGCUGCCGCGCGCCGCCCGGCUCUCCGCGCCGCGCCCUGUGCCGCGCCGUUCCGCUCGUACUGCGCGAAAACUGAAGGUGCCGUUGAGCUAGACCAACAGCUGAAGAAGGAUGGCGUCAGCACGGAAACAGGCAGCGACAAGAGAAGAGCAGGAAUUCUCCCGAGUUUGGAGGACUUGCUCUUCUACGCAGUCGCUGAAGGUCAAGAGACGAUUCCUGUUCAUAAAUUCCUCACGGCGCUUAAAACUACUGGGCUGCGCACAGGAGACCCCAGGCUGAAGGAGUGCAUGGACACACUUAAAGAGACUCUAAAGAACACAACAGAUGGCGUCACGCUGGACAGACAUCUUUUCAAGAAGUGUGUCCAGAGCAACAUUGUCCUGCUCACUCAGGCCUUCCGCAAGAAGUUCGUCAUCCCAGACUUCCAGUCCUUCUCCACCCAUAUUGAUGAGCUAUAUGAGGGUGCCAAAAAUCUCUCUGAAGGGCAGGUCGCUGACUACAUUCCUCAGCUCGCCAAAUUCAGCCCCGACCUGUGGGCCAUCUCUGUGUGCACAGUGGACGGACAGAGACACACGGUAGGAGACACCAAGGUGCCCUUCUGUUUGCAAUCCUGCGUCAAACCACUGAAGUAUGCAGUGGCUGUUCAUGACUACGGCACGGAGUACGUCCACAGUUUCAUUGGAAAGGAGCCCAGUGGCCUGCGCUUUAAUAAACUCUUCCUGAAUGACGAUGAUAAGCCCCACAACCCCAUGGUGAAUGCUGGCGCUAUUGUUUGUACUUCACUGAUAAAGCAAGGUGCAAGCAACGCAGAGAAAUUUGACUAUGUCAUGAACUUUCUGAAAGAAAUGGCCGGACACGAGUAUGUGGGUUUCAGCAACGCCACAUUCCAGUCAGAGCGUGAGUCAGGGGACAGGAACUUCGCCAUCGGCUACUACCUGAAAGAGAAAAAGUGUUUCCCAGAGGGGACCGACAUGACAUCCAUACUGGACUUCUACUUUCAACUUUGCUCCAUCGAGGUGACCUGUGAGAGCGCCAGUGUCAUGGCCGCCACCUUGGCUAACGGCGGUAUCUGCCCGAUCACGGGUGAGCGUGUGCUGAGCCCCGAGGCGGUGAGGAACACCUUGAGUCUGAUGCACUCCUGCGGCAUGUACGACUUCUCGGGACAGUUUGCUUUCCAUGUCGGUCUGCCAGCCAAGUCUGGAGUUGCAGGAGGGAUCCUGCUGGUUGUACCCAACGUGAUGGGUAUUAUGUGCUGGUCACCUCCACUGGACAAGCUUGGCAACUCAGUCAGAGGAAUACAGUUCUGCACGGAUCUGGUGGAGCAUUUCAACUUCCACAACUAUGACAACCUGAGGCACUUUGCCAAGAAGCACGACCCCCGCAGAGAAGGAGGGGACCAGAGGCUGCAAACCUUCGGACCCAUGGAUUAUGAGAGUCUCCAACAAGAGCUAGCUCUGAAAGCCCCUCUUUGGAAAAAGGUGUCCUCCACUGAGUCGCACCAGGACUGCUCCACCACUGUAGUCUAUAGGAUGGACACUGUCGCCAAGUGAAAUAUUAGGAGGAGACCUACCUGUACUCCCCCUGCCCUCACUUUCACCUCAACUGAUCUCUCUCCCCACCCCCCUCAAAACACCACCAUCAGCUUCCCUCACCCUCAAAUAUUUAUACAGAAAUUAUGAAGAGGAUUAUUUAUUGUUUAUGGAGUGUGAGUGUUACUGUUCGGAUGGACUGGGAAACUUCUGUUUUUAUUUGUGAUGGAAAUAUCUACUGCUUUUUUUUUUUCUUUUUAAAAAAAAAUCUGAUAUCCAAAUGAGCUCGUAGCCUCAUUCUGUUUGUUGCUUUACUUUGUGCAGGAUUUGGUGUUCAGCGUAGAGGUGCUGCUAUGGUUUCUUUAUACCCACCUUUAGUGCAGAAUCCUCUAAAAAGCUAAGAGUUGAUUUGAUAUUUAAUUGCAUUUAAGUAACAACCAUAAAAACAGUAUGAAUGUGUUUGUAUAAUGGGAUCCUCUGUUGAGACACUUCUUAGAAUCACAGUCUUUAAAAGUACAUUCAGACUCCUUUAUCAGAGAUGAUUACUUACUGUAGCUCACACUAAAGCCUCAGACGCCUGUGACGUGAUGAAUACACAGGAUACAUGCAUCAGAACAGAGGAUGGAAAUGGCAGUAUGUGGAUUUUUGUUGAAAAGGAGGGGAGUCGAAGGAGAAUGUUGUUGACACAUGAGUUAGCUGUAAAUAACUAGGCUGGAGUGCAGCAGUGUUACGUCAAACAUGACCUAGUUUCUAAUUUAAAAACAAGAGCUGUGUCUUCUGAAGGGAUUUUAAUAAUGUAGUAGUAGUUUGCUUUUUCAAUCUUAGUUCAAACCUAAAACCGAACAUUUAUAGAAGUUGACAUCAUGAUAGUGUGAAGCUUCUCAGCCUUCUGAGUCUGAAAACAAUGGGCUGGUUUGAAACUUUUAGCUUUUGAACCUUUUUUAUUGCUUUUUUAUGUAAAAGUAGGACAUUUUUUAAUGCACCUGUGCAAUCUUUCUGUAGGUGUCUAAGCUCUGACAGACUGUACACUCUCCUAGAGAUGUCUGCGGUAGGAAAAGGCAGAUCAUUAUAAUUUGAGCUGAGUGGGAACCUCCUCUUGAAGGCACUUUGCAUGCAACAUGAGUUGCAGGAGAUUUUAAAGGGCGCACAUGUGUUUGUGAUUUUGUGCUGCACGAUUACUGCAGAUAUUCUAGAAAUUAUAGGGCGAAGUGAAAUAUCUAAAUCGCUUAAGCUGAAAUCAUUUUCAUAGACGUCGAAUGUGCACCAAACAGUGCUGCAGAGACACCCCGGCCUACAGGUCUUGUUCUUUAGAUUCAGGUAAAUUGUUUGUUUGGCACUGGCCCAAACAAAGUGAUGCAAGAAGAUCAUUCCCACUGAUCUUGUAGCAUAUUGCCUUAUUACAUCCCUCAAAAUAAUUGUAAUAUGAUUUGUAUUCCAUUUCAUGCAGCCCUAUCUUUGACUGUCAGUGUGAACAGUCAAUAAACACUUGAAUAAAGUAUCAGUAGUGCCUUCUCUGUAACUCCAUAAACAGACUUUAACUGUAGUCGUGAGAACUUUUGGACCUUUAUUCAGAGUGAAGGCUGAGAAUCAUUUUGCGCUAUGCUGACUUCAACACAGACUGCUCAUUAAACAGAACCACAGCUCAAACUUUAAACUGUCAGUGUUUGUGCCUGGAUCACAGCUGGUGCACAUUUUUUUCUGAAGGAAUGAUGAUAAUGUGUUGAUAAGAGGUUUGCUAUUCUGAAAUGUUCAAAAGAGAGUUGAGAAUACAGAAAACAGGCUUACCUUGAGGCUCUGUUUGUCUGUGUUUCAUCACUCUGAGCUGCUGUUGAAUUCAGAUUGGAAAAGGUGUGUUUGUGUGUCGGGGGGGGGGGGGGGGGGGGUUUGUUAUGCCAUCUAGCUUAGCAAAUAUACUCUGUACGACGUCAGCGAGGGAUAGUGUGCGUUCAUACCUGUAACCUUCAGGUGAAGCCCCUCUCGGUCGGUAUGGUUGGACCAGUCCUCACACGCUCUUUGACUUGUCAGGUGACGUCUGCAGGCUUUAUCUGCGGGGUCGACUGGGCUGCAUUCCAAAAAACAUUGCUGUAUGUUUACCAUCUAGUUCAAACAGGAUGUCUAGAAAUGAAGCAGAGCUUUGUACAUGUGCUUUAAAGUUCUGAUAGAUAUAAGGAAUGGUUUAAAGCUUUAGAGGAUGCAGAGAGCAGGUAGAGCUGGGUGUUUGACUGAGUAAGUCCUGACUAAAAGUGAGAGUCAGGACCAUGUUGGUGCAUCCUUUGAUUACAUCCAAUCCCUGUAGAGUAUUCUAUGUGUAAAUAAUUCUGCUCCAAGGCCGACGGCAGGAUGACACAUUAAACGAAGAAAACAACUGAUAGUAUGGCACAGUAUCAAACCUCACAACAUGUUAUUGGACUAAAAAAAAAAAUCAAUAUAUUUUUAUCUACAUCGAGACUGAAAGAGGUCAAAAUGUUUAUGUUGUUUUUUCUCAUUCAGACAAAUAAAGUUGGGAAACUUAAUAUGAAAUACAAAAACAUUACUACUUCGCUUAAAAAAUAAAUAAACAGCGUUUAACCUUUGAGGAAAAAGAAAGCUUCUUUAAAUAAAUCUAUCACUAAAGUCAGUGACACAUCCAGCUCUGGCCGCAGAGGAAGGUGCAUUAUUUUAUUCAUUUCUAUAUCGUCGAUGCUGCAGAAUAAAAUGUGUUUUCGAAUGUAAUUUUCGAAGUAAGAUACCUCUAGUCUACUGAUGCUACAGUAUGCAAACACCCAUAUGAUUCAGUAUUGUGUGUAAAGUUCUCCGUGUUACUCCCUCAGUGAUGUUGUAUCCAUAUACAUAUUUAACUGUUCUUCUAAAUGUACAUAGGCAGGUGUAUAUAGCGUUGCGCUGUGUGUCUGGAUGUGGGUGAUAAUCCUCAGCAGCAGCACAGCAGAGGGUGUUGAAUAUUUCCCUUCAGACGUUCCCGUUCAUGAUAUCGUCUCCUCCAGGAACUAGAAACGUUGCACAUGACUGUGAAGUCAGCUGAUGACUUAGAUGUCACUCUCCUGCGCCUGUAGUGAAUCUCUGUGUUAUUUAAUCAUGUCUAAGACUGUGUGAGCCAUGUGGGGUGUGGGCACCGGGUUUGACAUGAGCUCAAUGUGACGGCUGCUGAGCCAAUAAUACUCCGUUAUUCAUUUGUCAUGUCAUGUGAAGGUAUUUCUCUCGUUUUUAUUUUUUUUAUUUCAUGGACUGUUCUUAGUGUGUUUUAUCUUUCAUUAUUGUGUGGAGGUACGACGUAUUCAAAAGCCUCUGUCAUCAUGAAUGUUGGUUUGUAGAAUAAACUCCAUCUCCUUAGCGCUCCUUCAGUCUUUUCUAAAGUUUAAAACAAGCUGAUUUGGACCUGCUGGAUCUCUGUGCUUUCUGCUGACGGUGUUUCAGUCGACUUUCUUAGAAAGAGACGAGCAUCAGCCUCAGACAGUGCUUCUGCUUUUUAAAGUUAUAAUCCUUAAGAUUGUCAUUGAUAUAAAAUUCCAGACACACAAUAAUAUCCACAAUAAUCUGCUACGAUCGUCAGAUGUAUUUGAAAUCAUCAGCUGCCUCUAUUUUAAAGUUGGCAUUGCCAGUUGUGGAGUCACCCGUACCUUUGCUUGAUUUGUGCUCGAGGGAAUUUCAAGACAUGAUGAAUGAUUUAAUGAAGGAGAAUAAGAAAGGACCAGAGCCUUGAUUUACAUUUUGAACCCAAACUUUUAAAUAUAAACAUGACUGUUCUGUUCAGCAGAGUUUUGGCUGCAUUACUCUCAUGGCUGCAUUUGGAGACUCACACAAAUUAUUUCUAAAUCUCCUAACUGAGCCCUCAAACUUUAUAAAGAAGCCUUUCUGAGGCAUUUUGGUGAAUUUGUGUUUGCUAUUAAACUCACACAGACUGUUAAAAAAGAAUGGGGUGGCCUCUGCAAAAAAAGUAGUUCACAAAGUGAUGUAAUGCAGAGGAACAGGAACCACCUGUAACCAAAGGUGGAUUCAGGAUUAUACCUUCAAAUGUAGAAACACAGAAGAUCCUAAAUGUGGUCGAUUGUUGCUCAGGAUGGGGAUCCAUCAGAGCAGCGAUGAUAUAUUCCUCUGAGUGAGUCAUGGAGGCAAAUACUUGAUUCAGAUACUUGAUAGUUUAAACGAGUUGCUCUCCUCUCAGGUCUGGUCUCAUCCUUACUUUUCCAGAUCAGAAACUUUCUCUGAACCUCGAGUGAAUCACUCUUUUAUUUGUGACCAUGUGCAAGCUUUGUGUUUGCUGCUCUGACAUCAUUCCUCCCUCACAGGCAUCAAAAAACAUGAACUAAAGUUACUGCAUGUUUUUAAGACUGGACCAGAUCCACACUAUGACCAAUCAGGGUCGAUUAUCUGAUCUGAUGAAUAAUCAGCGUAAUGGCUCUUUGCAUCAGGGUGAAUGAUCUAUACUACUUGAAGUUUGGUAAUUAGCACUUACUCUGUUCAAUCAAACGGAUACUGCGGGGCUUUUGAAUGCUGUUACCAGGUUCUUAAGGGUUAUGUAAUGUUUCAUAAUGCUCUUUUUUUUUGUUGCUUUAAGAAUUUUCCUCCUCCCUCUUGCAUGUUUUAUUUUUGUAUGAUUUCAUGAACAUGUUGUCGAUUCCAUGUAAUCAUGAUGUUGUAAACUCCCCUUCCACAUGUCAUUAUAUUUGUUGAUGUGUGUCUUAAACACAUUUUACUCUGAAUAUUUAAAAAUUGAAUAUGAAUUCAUCAUUUAUUAUCACUCCCAUUGCAAUGUGGUGAUCUUGGAAUUGGAUGUCUUUGCCAUGAAACUGGAUUUGAAUGUAGAAACCAAUAUUUAAAAUCGGAGAUUAUUCUCUGGAGUUGAAGUCAAAUUAAAAAGUUUUUAAAAAGAUUAGUGUUAUGGGUUGUUUAAUCCCAAAUGCUUUAAUUCAAAAUGUUCCCAAACACAGCCACACGGGAUGAAGUCACACAGUUCCAAGGUCAUGGCUUUUUCUCUGUUUUCUUUUCAGUCACUCAAUUGUUGUUCUGUAUGUAAACAUCUCCAUAACCCUCAUGAUUUGUCCUCCUGUCUGCCUGGAGGAAACAGGUGUGACCUGCUCUUCCUUCACUGUUCACAGCAAAUAGUGCAGGGCAGACAUGACAGUGAAAGUGGUGUCAUUUUUUUAAGCAUGUGUCCCUUGUUUGAAAAUUAAAUAAAGCAAUGUUAAUGGA